AUGAAUAAUCAUACACAACAGCGACAGCAGCAACAAUUACAGCAAUUACCACCGCCACCACCCACGACUCGAUAUAUACAAUAUCUCGAAGAUAACAAUAAUCCUAGUCCAUACCAAGAAAAACCGUUUUUGAAAAUGCAAAAACAUCAAGGAAAUAACCCGGAACCACAAACAUUUACUCCAGAUUUGUCGUCGGUCACAACACCACCUCUUACACCCUCACCAAUUCUCGAUUAUCACGCGUCUUUGAAUUCUUCUCUCGAACAACCGCAAAAACGAGAACUGCCACAUCCUUCACCUUUGAUGUUACCUUACCCAUUCGUAAAUACUACUAAUAACGAUAACAAUAAUGGCAAUCAACCAGUACGGCUAUCCUCACUACCACCGCGGCCACCAUUAUGGCCAUCAUUACUACCACCACCUUCACAAAAUAAUAACUUCCAUGAACACGAUCAAACCAUAGAAUCGAAAUCGCGGCAUCAUUCUCGUAGAGGCUCCGAGAAACUGCUACUAAAAAAUUCAAAUGGAAAGUCCACCUCAUCGACAAAAACGACAACCACACCACCAUCAUCAUUAUUAUCCACGUCUAACACAAAUAAACGUAAAUACGUAUGCGCGUAUGAAUCAUGCGGCAAGAGUUUUACCACUAGUUAG